AUGACUUCAGAAUCCUCAUGGAUCUCAUCAUUCAUCCAGCAGGUGCUGCGAGUGUACCUGGGCCAGACCACACAGGACGAUAUUGAGGUGGAAGAAAAUGGGACCAGCCUGAUUCUCAGAUGUCGAAGAUACGAUCAUGUUCAUACAGCAAUUGUAGCAGAUUGGGGUAUGGGACCCUCCGAUGACGAAGCAGUUUUGAUGGAUUCAGAGCUCCAAAUCGACGCCAUCAUUUCGAAAGCUCUAUUGCCUGUGUGCAAGCCUAAUCCCGAGACUCCAUACCCGAUCCCCACCAAUCCCAAAAAGUAUUCGAUAAAGCUUCUGGACUUUCGGCUAGUCUUACACACCGCAGCAUAUCAAGCCAAUGCUCACCUUCUGGUCAAUGAUUUCCAAGUCGAGUGGGAUGGUGGACCUAAAACAUUUCAAAACAAGAAGAAAAUCCGCAAAAAUAGGGAUGUCAGGGUUUUGUUGGACGCGGCGUCCAAAAAGGCUAAAGACUUGUUCAAAACCUCUAGCUCCUCCAUGUCAAAAAACACAGCAGCAGGAUUAUCUGGACCUACGCCGAAUGGUUCGGAUCGCAAUCCCUUGGAUGGGGAUAUGCAGUCGCAGCAGCUUUUCUCCCAGGUCCCUCGUGAUCCGCCUCGUGAUCCCAAUCACUCAGAAAACGAAUCCAACGCAGAGACUCCUUACUCGUUUGGAGCAAUUGAGCUGCUUAGGCAUCUUCAGCCCAGAUCUCUCCCGGAUUCAAAGAGAUACUCGCUGCAGACUACCAAAGGCCAAACAGUACCGACUGAGCUGGAGGUGAAAAAGUCGCGUGGGGAUAUUAUCGAUACCCGAGUGGAUACGCGGCAAACCAUCGCCAAGCCAAUCUCGAAGGCUGGAAAUGGCUCAGCUUGGAGCCCGGUGGCCACGUCGUCAAUCGGAAACCACUCUGCAAGUCAAAGUUCUAUAGAUUCUCAAUCUAGGGACGAGAUUGGCCUGCAUAAAAGUCCAGGUGCCCAUGGCUCUCCGAUGCCAAAUCAGGUACAGGACAAGAAUCUAUCACCUGCACAAAAUCUAAUGCAACCCCCUCUCAAGAAGCGUCAACGGGAAAGCUUGGGUACCCAAUCCAAAACAGGCGAUGAGGACGACAGCCAUGAGCCAAGGGAAGAUAUUCCGUCUACCAAGAGGCAGCGCAUCGGUACCCCAACAGAACCAUCGACGCAUAUCCUGGAGAUUCAAAGCAAAAAUUUGGCCACAGAGACAACAAACUUGUCCCAUAUUGGAACCGAGAAGCCGGUCACGAUUGUCCCUUCUCACAAUGCCGUGGUGCCCCGGUCAAAUCCAUGGAAAGGGAUUCAACGUAUCAGGGCACAUGAUGUUACGAUCCCACAAGACCAACGAGAGCUUCUUGACAGUGAUAAAUUAUGCUGGGUUCCACCCCGCCCGAAUGAACCUAUGCCGAAAGGGCAUGUACCGCCCUCGCUACUGAAGACAUGGAAUAAUGCUGUUGAGCGGCGUCAUCAUGGGACCGGAGGACAUGAAGUUCUCGCACAAAGGCCCACCACCCCAACCCAGGAUAGCGACGCCUCCUCCGUUUCCAGUGCCUCGACGGAGAAUUAUGACUCGGAAUGGAACUCGUCUCCGGAGCCCCCUCUUCGCUUCCGUCAAAAUGAACUUCCUCCUUCUAGUCCUGUGACUCGGCCGAUCCAGAGGAAAAAGCCAAGUUCUAGUCCCAUUCAUAGCAAUGCCCCCAGGCAGUCACUGAAGAAAGAUCCUUUCAAGGGUGCCAAUUCUGCUCCAAAUGUAGUCGAGGAAGACAGCAACGAAGACCAAGAUCUUCCUGAUACUCAUACAUCUGAGAAGUUUCAGUUUGAGGUGCAAAGAGAAAGUCAAGACAGAGCAAUGUCCAGGACUCCAUUUGCUCACCAGGCCCCCUCCAAAAAUGAGGAAAUGAACGACCGACCCCUCUCGCAACCAUCAGCAGCGCCAAAUCAAGAAACAUUUUCGAAAUCAUCAUUGCCUUCCGUUGAUCCAAAGCCCUUUCUGGGUGCGCAAGAAGACGAUUCAGAUGACGAGUCUGUAAUGGACACGUCCGUGCCUUUUGCACUCGGCGAAAACAUUCCAGAUCCUACACAGUCCAGUCAGGUGGAAGAGGAACUGGUAAGCUCAGGUCCAUCACUCCCCGGUACGAACACGGAGUCUGUACAGGUUGAAGUUACUCCAAUGCUUGGAAGCAACCGGCUGCAUCACAGUUCAAAUCCAGAGCCAAAUGAACGCGGACUUCCAAACUUGAACCUUUCCUCUUCUCAGAUUCACAAAACAUCCUCUCAAUCCCGUAUUCUGGACACAUAUCCUUUUCAUGCAAGCCAUGGACACAGCCAGUCUUCUCUCGAAGCCUCGACUUCCUCUGGAAAAGACCAAGAAAAGUCAUUCACGGUGGAUGUCCCAGGGACUCAGCUACCAGCCAGCAGCAUGGCUUCGCAGUGGAAAUCACAACAGCAAUCACAAAACCACUCAGAUAGUUCCCAGGCAUAUGUCGUACUCGAUUCCUCAGGGCCAGCCCAACGCCACCAGGACUUUCCUAUUUCUGCAUCUCAGCCUUCACCCAUUGAGUUUACGGGCCGUCGCGAACCCGGCGAGUCUCAGGAAAAUGAGUCAUCGCAAGAUCCCACGGGAAGAACACAUGCUCCCAGCGAGCCCAGAGUUUCUUCUCAGGCCAGUACAUCCCUCCUCCCACCCCAAGUCGAACAUGAUCCAGUCAUUGAAAGGGAUCAAGCUUCGCAUGGAGACUCGAAUGAAAAUCCGCCAGGCACCGCAGACAACGAUGUCAAAAAUCCUAACACUCAUGAGUCUUCCUGGAUAGCUCGCCGGCAGAGCUUUGUCACAAAUACAGAGGCGUAUUCUGAGGCCCAAGAAGUGUACAGAAAGUUCUGCAAUGACUACCCAUCCUACUCUGGUGACUUCGAACAUUUUACCAAGCUGUGUGGGAUGUUACACGCCGUGCGUCAACAAGGCAAGCUGCACAAGUCGUUUCUGUGGGAUGAUUUUAUCAUGAUGCAUCUCACAAAUUAUCCGCGAUACCUUGAAAAGAACGCGUCAGAGGAUUCUAAGACGCUUAGUUAUGAGGACUAUUUCUUGGAGAACUUUUCACGGCCUUUCUCCAGGAAACGCAAUUUGACAGCGCGUGGCAUAGAAUUUGCAGCAUCGCAAAUCACUCCCGAUGAAACAAAUCUUGCAUUUGCGAACGGAUCGCAACAUUCAGGCCCGACUCAUACUCAGGGUCCUGAUCCAAAUGUCUCCUUUACAGGCAGUUUGGUGGAAAGGUUUACAGAUCUUCACGCCGAUUCCCUCGAUGCCCCUUCUCCAGAUGUCGCUUCUACCAAAUCCCCUCGCCGUAACCUCUCGUCGAGCACAUUCCAUGAGGAAACCAAGCGCGAGAGGCCUGCAUUAGACCGCAUUAUGAUCAACAGCAACCAGGAUGUCUGUCAUGAAUAUUCCAACCCUCAUGUUUCAACCUUGGAGUCAAACAGACACCAAUCCACACAGGCUCAGCCCCAAAGCUCGACCGCCCCAACUGAAGCAGACGCGGAAGAUAUCGACAUGGAAAUUCCCGAGACUGACCCGGAGGACGCUGACCAAGAUGAGGACGCCGAUCAAGAUGAGGACGCCGAUCAAGAUGAGGACGCCGAUCAAGAUGAGGACACCCUUCACGAAACGGCUAGUGUUGAACUAGGCGACGAAACGUUUGUUACAAGCAGGGCUGCGUCCGAUACAGAGGACAAUCCUACACAGGGCAUCCCCGCCGAAACAAUCCCAGCCUCUCCAGAAGUUUCUGAGCCCGAAAGCGACGACGAGAACUGGUUCCUCUCGCUUCAACAUAUCCGUCCUAAAGGUCCGGUUUGGUCUGAUGGUCCAACGGAGUUCAAGCGUUGGGCAGAAGCAGACAUGAAUGUGAAGGCUGACCGAAUACGUCGUGGAGGCGCUAAGAUUCUUCUUGACGAGAAAGGCGUGAUUCGACGCCCAAUCCACCGUUGA